CGUGCCCCGACCCUCCCGUGCUCCUUGUCUUUACUCUUGUUCCUGUUCCUGUUCCUGCCCCCGUUCAUCAUCUUCCGUCUCGUUCGUCGUCUCCUUCCCACUUGGACUCGGCGUAUUCUUAUUCUUGUCCCGCCUCCGACUCCCUUUAUUUUAAGCUUUUAUCCUCCUUCAAACUCAACCUUUUGUAAACAACAAAAGCAAGCAAAAAAAGCAUCUCUUUCCAGCAGAGAUCAUCUAUCCAUCCAUCCAUCAACCAUGCCUAUUCGUAACCCCUUCGCCCGCCGCCCCGGCAGCAUCGUCGUCCAGGAUGAGAACCAGCGCCCUGAUACCGCCCCCGGCUUUGAAAAGGUCGACACUGUCGGUUCCAAGGCCACUUCGGUCCUCAGCAUCCGGAAUACCAAGAACCACGACACCGGCGAGUACAAGAUGAGUGUUGUCAAUGACAGUGGCGUCUAUCUUCCUCCAUCCCCGACCGAGGAGAAAGGACAGUGGCCGCGCAAGUACCUCUCAACCCGCAACUCGACAGACACCCGCAGCAGCUUCGGCGAUAUUGAGCACUUUUCCAUCUCCCGAGAGUCUUUCGAUUCCUACCGCAGAUCAUUUGACAUUUCCGCGCGAUCACCAGUGCCUAACCCAGACUUUCCCCCUCGCCAGAGUCUCGAUUCUGCCCGCCUUCCUCGCCUCCCCAGAUCCGCAGUCGAGCGAUCUUUCAAGCAACCGCCCACCGCCGAGGAGCGCUUCGAAGAUGUUGGUCUAGACGACCACAAGCAGGCUCAGCCCCAGCCCCAAAAGCGCAGCUUCUUUUCCAAAUUCUCCGAGUCCCGCGAAAAGGACGCCUCGGCCCAACCCGCCGUUUCCCGCUUCCUCAUGCAUGGCCGCAAGAGAGCUCAGAGUGGCCAGGGUUCAGAGCUCGGCCCCAUGGACAACAACACAAACGCGCCGCCCAAGGUGACGGUCUCGUCCGAAGGCCAGGAGAUGCAAUGA